AUGAAAAUAUUUGUGUUUAUCAUUAUUUUUGGAUUGAUAUCCACGUGUUUCGCUGAAUUAUUCCAUCAUCAUCAUAAUCGAAGUCGAAGACGAAAUUAUAUCAAAAAUGUGAGUUUUGGUGUCUGGGUUACUGUAGACUUUGAGAUUUCGUGUUUUUAUUCGAGUUUCAAUAGUGAUAUUUUUCCGACUACGUAAUCCUGUUUUCAAAAAAAAAUGUUUGUAAAAUUCCGAAAAUUCUUAAAAAUGAGAUUUAAUAUGCCACAUAAUAGGUCACGUGAAAAUCAAUAAUGGAUUUUCAAUAUUUUCCAAAAACGGAGAAUUCUAGAGCUCUCAUAAGAUACUCCAAAUUCCAUGAAAUUUUGUAGAUCUCAAUCACAUGUCAAUAUUUUUUUUUUCAACAAUCAUUCAAUUUCCCAAUUUUAAUCUAGGGUUGCAUCGACUUUUCCCUUAUCGAACAUUCUCCUUCAGCUUAACUCUUCUUUUUCCUUUUUCCAGCGUUUACGUAAUCGUUCGGUGAUUCGAAUUCGGAAUGAAAGAAAUGCGGAACAAUGUGAGGAACACGAACAUCAUUUGAUCUGUGGACCAGAAAAACAUUGUGAAAAAUCUUGUGAGAACAUGUUCAGGUCAGUUGACGUGAUAAAGGAUGGAAAAAAAUAGAGAGAUAUUUUUCAGCCUUCCCCAUUGUUUGAAUAAACUCGAUCAUCCAAAAUGCUAUUUUCCUCGAUGUGUUUGCAAUUCAGGAUUUGUUCGAGAUUACGAUGGAAAAUGUGUGAAACCAUCGCAUUGUCCAAAUCAUUAUUUUGAACCUUCUUCAAUGUUUCAAGAAGAGGUAAAAACAAAGAACUCUUAUUAGUUGAUCAAUCAUCAAAUACCGAAAAAACCAUUAAAUUCCGAAAAAAAAGAUAAUAAGUAGGGAGGGCAUCCACGAAAUAAGAAAAAAACGUCUGAAAUCUUCUUUAGAUAAGACUUAAAGUAUUAAAAAGAAACGUUUUGUCUUUCAGGGAAAUGAAAUGAUGAUACAAUUCAAGCCUGUAAAAUUUGUGAAAACUGGAAUAGUUACACAAAUUGGAGGAAGACACAAAAAACGAACACAUGUGAAAUUGCACAAAACAGCUGGUGAUUCAAAUGAUAUUUUGAUUGAUUUCGAACCUGUCAAAUUAACAAAAAUAACCGGAAAUAUUAAAAAACGAGCAAAUCAUUUCAAACCAGCUAACAUUGAUGUCAAAUUCUAA